CACACAUUGUAUUUAUUUAUGUUUCGCUUAUAAUUCUUCAAUUCCUGCAUUAUUUGCUGUGAGCUGCUCUAUUUACAUUCUUAAAAACUAAAUCUGAAAAAAAAAUGACUCUGGAUGCACAUAAGGAAGAAGAUAAGCUGCUAACCACCAUACAGCAGGAAUAUAAAAUUCUUGCGGAAUAUAAAAUGAUCGAGUCAGAAAAAAUAGGCGGAGUUUAUGUGAUACCAUCUUAUGGAAACUCACUAUUGUGGUUUGGUGUUAUAUUCGUGCGUCAAGGCUUUUACGUAGAUGCGAUAUUUCGCUUCACAAUUCUUUUGCCGGAUAAAUUUCCCGAUGACAAAAGUUUGCCUACCGUUAUAUUUCAAAAUGAAAUUAUACAUCCACUAAUUUGCCCCUAUACCGGAUCUUUAGAUAUUUCAUGCGCUUUUCCUUAUUGGCGGAGUGGCGAAGAUCACAUUUGGCAGUUGCUGAAAUACAUACAGGCUAUAUUUGUUGACCCCAUUGAGUGCGGACGUCUCGCCACUGCAGGCGCUAAAUAUAAUAAUGCCGAGGCGGCGGAGUUGCUAACACAGAAUCGUGCUGAAUUCAUAGCGCGUGCAAAGGAUUGCGCUACGACUAGCAAAGAGCGUAUCUACGAUGAACCACCAACUGAGGAUCCGCACUAUAUAGUAUUUGAGAAAUUCGACGCCGACGUGCAUGGACCAGUACGUGAUCGUAUUUUUUCAGGCAAGGAACUUGCAGAAAAUGUAGCUGUGCCGUCGAAUGGGCUUUCCUGGGUAAAGGAAGGUGAAUUCAAACCACUCAGCGUUGACUAAUAAAACUAAGCACAUUUAGUAGCUUAUAAAAAUGUUACGUAUUUUUUUAAUUUACUAAUAUUAUAUAUUGCUAGUAUUUAACAUUAUGAAAAAUAUAUUUAUCGAAAGUUUAUCACAACUUUAA